GCGGGUUAUUGUAUGAUAUUCUCAAACCAACACUUAACUUUGAUAGACUGAUUUUGAUAAAUUGCCCUGUAAGUGUUCUACCAGUUAGAAAUCAGAGGUAAAAUUCCCUUGUAGCAUUGUUUCAAUUAAGGAGCCGGUUAAUUUUCUGGCCCUUCCUGGCUGGUGUCAGUCCUUUGGUGUCUAAAUGGGCUUUUCACAUUGAUCUUUUGAGCAAAUAGCAACUACGUUAUUUACUUAUGUUUCAUCUUUUGUACUUUCUCCUUGCAAGAUGUAGGCAGUUUCCUUUUUUUUUUUUAAUCUUGCGUUGAUUUUAAAGCUGUUUGUGUCAGGCCUAUUUAAAAAAGUCACACUGCAGUGUGUAUGAAACAUACAUAAAUAUAUAUGUAGAUAAAUAUCAGUGAAAAUAGAUCUAGUGGUCCUCUGAUCCAGUAAGGCACCACGAGCUUAAAAAAGACCUAGAAUCAUGACUCCUGGAUUCUUGAAAAACUUUUUGGACUAGGUAUUAUGGAUUGAAUUGUGCCACCCAAAAAUAGUAUUGUAAACUCAAACCCUUAUACCUGUGGUUAUUAUUCCAUUUGGGAAUGGGUUUUCUUUGUUAUGUUUAUGAGACAGUACCAGUUUAGGGUGUAUCUUAAAUCAGUCUCUUUUGAGAUAUGAAAGAGAGUAAGCAAGAAAUUAAGCAGAGCUGGGGGAAGAUAGAUGCCACGCCACAUGAAGAUCACCAAGGAGCCAAGGAACAGGGACCCAACCCCCCGCCCAGAGCUGACAGAGAGAGAAAUCCUUCCCCUAGAGUCAGAGCCAUGAAUUUGAACUUCUAGCCUCCUAAACUGUGAGAAAAUUAGUUUGUUAAAGCCACCCACUUGUGGUAUUCUGUUAUAAUAGUACUAGAUAACUGAGACACUAGGAUACUUAUGAAAUCGGGGUGAUGACAGCGACAGAAUCUGUAGAGAUGCGUUAGAACACUUGGUGGGGUUAUUCAGGGGCUGAAAGUCUUUGAAGGAUUAUUGAUGCUUAUGAAUACUCCUAAUGACGGAAUGAUAAAAGGGAUAGGUUGCAUGACUUUAAUAUUCAAUAAACAUUUAAGAAGGAGCCCUGCUGGUGCAGUGGUUAAGCACUUGGCUGCUAACCAAAAAGUCAGCAGUUCAAACCAACUGUCCUUUCUACGGGGGAAAGAUGUAGCUGCCUGCUUCUGCAAAGAUUAAAAAGCAAAUGAACCUACCCAUUGCUGUGGAGUCAAUCCUGAUUCAUAGCGACGACCCUGUAAAUAUUAUACUCUUGGAAACUCUGUGGGGCAGUUCUGCCCUGCCCUGUAGGGUCACUAUAGUUGGGAUCACCUGGAUGACAAAGCGUUUGGUUUUAAUGGGAAGCAUUUAAGUAAUCUACAUAUGAAAGAGACACCAGUUGGAAACGAACAAGGAGCUUUCCCUUUUUGCGAGUGGAGACAGUGAGGACCAUGUAUUGAAGGAUAGCUAUGAGUGCUAUGGGGCAGUUCUACUCGGACAUACAGGGUUGCUAUGAAUCGGAAUCGACUCGACGGCAGUGGACUUUUGGUAUGAGUGCUCUUAUCCUGGCACGUAACUCUGUAGAGUUAGUAUAAGUAAGUCCUGUAAAAAGAAGGUAAUUUAUUCUAAUACACUUGUUAGAGAUAUGGAGCUAAAUGGAAGUGUUGACAAGCGGCACUGUAGUUAAGUUGGUAAUUUUUACUUUUUAAUUCCACCUGCAUCUUCCAUGUCUUCUUUUCCCUUUAAUUUAUUAUUUUGCAAUGUACUCUAUAGUAAUUAUUGAAAUGUAUAAACUUAGCAGUACACAAAUAAAAAUUGUUACCAGCCCAGUCUUCAUCUUCAGCUUGUGGAUUAACUGCAAGUUUGUCAAAAGCAGUACAAAAAUAACUUGAAUGAGCUGAGAGAGAGGUAUAAGACAACUUUCAAUCCUUUUAAGGUCCUGUUUCUUCAGCCCAGUGGUCUUUGCAGAAUGCUGGUGACCUUCAACCUAGACUAAAAUGCUGCUUUUUCCACUUUAUUUGAAACAUUAAGUAGUGGUUUUCUUAAUUUCAUUUUUCACUUUAUAUAAGUGUUUGGAAACCCUGGUGCCAUGGUGGUUAAGUACUGUGGCUGCUAACCAAGAAGUCGGCAGUUCAAAUCCACCAGGCGCUUCUUGGAAACUCUAUGUGACAGUUCUACUCUGUCCUGUAGGGUUGCUACCAGUCGGAAUCGACUCGACGGGCAGUAGGCUUGGCUUUUGAUUUUUAUAAGUGUUUUUAGUUUGUUUGUUUUAAGUCUCAGGCCCCUGCUUCUGUAUAGUUAGAAAUUUUAGACCUUGUACUGUAUCUCAUUACUUUAUGGUAUUCCAUUAAGGAGACCACUAUUUCCAGAUGCCUUGGCUGUUGGAUAGAUUAGAGAAGCAAUGCUGCAUCCUUUCAGGCAUACGUGCCCCUUGGGAGGGCAGAGCUAGCUCUCUGAAAGGAGAUUCUGAUUCUGUCCCUUUCCACUUUGAUGGGGAAACUGUUAUCUUCCACUUCCCUGCAUAUGCUUAUUUUUGACCAGAAAAAAACAAAACCAAACCCACUGCCAUCCAGUUGAUUCCAACUCACAGCGACCCAAUAGGACAGAGUAGAACUGCGCCAUAGAGUUUCCAAGGAGUGCAAUGUGGGACAAUGAAGCGGUUCUGCUUUUUCUUACCUGGGUCUUACAUUUUAAAUUAUCACUACUAGACAGCAGCGGGCUGUCCUAAAUCAGAGAUAAUUUACUAGACUUAGGAAACAAAAAUGCAGGUAAGUAAAAAAUGAAAAACUAUACUAGAUGGCAGUUCACAACAAUAGACUGUAUCUAAAUCAAAGGCAGUUUACUAGUUUAGGGACCAACAACAGACUGUUUCUAAGUCAAAGGCAAUUUAGAGUUUGUUGUUGUUGUGAGCCUUCCAGUCCAACUCAUCGUGACCCUGUAGGGCAGAGUAGAACUGCCCCAUAAGGUUUCCAAGGCUGUAAAUCCUUACGGAAGCAGACUGCCUCAUCUUUCUCCCACGGAGCAGCUGGUGGGUUUGAACUGCCCACCUUUUGGUUAGAAGCCAAGCACUUUAACCUCUAUUCCACCAAGAGUCCUUUUACUAGAGUUCAGGGACCACAGUAUCAGAUAAGGGAGAAAUGAGUAAGCAAUGCUGCAGUCACAGUUACAUCCUUGACCUUUUCCUCCUGCAGUUUUCCUUCCGGGCCCCCGAGCCUAUCUUUUCCACCUGCUCUUCCCGCUCCAUCCCGUGACCCUGCGUCCCUAUCCUGAGAUCAGAAAGCAGCAUCCUGUGACCCUGCGUCCGUGUCCUGAGAACAGAAGGCAGCAGCUGACCGUGAUGCUGCUUCGCUAGACUGGUGCUCUGCUCCCCUUUUGUACUUGAAAUGCUGCCUCCUGCCGUUCUGGCCGUAUGUCUGUCAGCCGCUAACUCUUCUGGCUCCUUUGUUGUGUCUUGAAAUGCACUUUCUAAAUAUUUCAUCUGUAAUUCAAUCUCUCACCCGUGCUUUGAGCUCUGUGUAGGUGUGUUUCCAAACUCUCACUGUCGAACUGUCAGUUUGAGGGGGCAGUGCCUUGUGCCACAAGCAGGGCUUCUUUAUGCAUUUAUGCACUCCUGUUAAAUAGGUAUUUUAAGAUUCCUUCUUUUUCCUUUUAUUAUUCUAAGAGGAAUUAGUAAGUUUUAUAUUCAAGAGUUUAGAUUUCUCUGUCUUUCACUCACACGUGUUCUAAUAGAGUAGAAAAAAUGAGUGUUGCAUACCCAGCAGCAUUUGGGAUAUCUGACUGGCAGCUUUAUUAUCAGUGCCAAGAGGAGAGCUACUUUAUAUUCAGUCUUAAAGGUAAUGUCUAGACAGGCACUGUCCAGUACCGUAGCCACUAGCCACAUGUGGCUGUCGAGCACUUGAAAUGUAGUUAGUCCAAAUUGAGAUAUGCUAUAAAUAUAAAAUACACAAUGGAUUUCAAAAAUCUAGUAUUAAAAAAAGGUGAAAUAGCAUAAUAAUUUUUACAUUGAUUACAUUUUGAAAUAGUAUUUUGGAUAUAUUGGGUUAAAUAAAAUAUAUUACUGAAAUUAAAUCCACCUGUUUCUUUUAGAUUUUUAUAAUAUGAUAAUUGGAAAAUUCAAAAUUACGUUUGUCUCAUGUUAUAUUUCUGUUGAGCAGUGCUGUUCUCGAAAGUAUAAGGCCUCUACAAAUCUAAUUCUCUAAUUUGACACUUAAGCUCUUGUUAUUAUCACUCACUGGAGGUAGCAGUUGAACAGUUUGCCCAUAAUCUCAUUGGCCAAAUUCUUUUUUUAUUAACGUAAAUAGUUUUUAAAAAUCAAAUGGUUCCAUAAAAUUUACAAUUUAAAAACAUAGUCCUCACCUUACCCCUAUUUGCCCUCAACUCCCACUCUUUAGAGGACAACCGGAAACCGUGGUGGCAUAGUGGUUAAGUGCUACGGCUGCUAACCAAAAGGUCAGCAGUUUAAAUUCACCAGCUACACCUUGGAAACUCUAUGGGGCAGUUCUACUCUGUCCUGUAGGGUCACUGUGACUCAGAAUGGACUUGACGGCAGUGGGGUUUGUUUUUUUUAGAGGACUAUCACUUGCUAUUUUUAUAUCUGUUUCUUCUGGUAUUUGCUCUGUUUUUUCUAAAUGGCACGCUUGUCUUAGUUUACUAGGGCUUCCAUCACAAAAUACCACAAAGGGUGUGGCCUUAAAGAACAGAAAUUAAUUUUCUCACAGUUCUGGAGGCAAGAAGUUUGAAUUCAGGCCUUGGCAGGGCUGUGCUCUUCCUCAAGGCUAUGUGGCCUAAUUUUUUAAGAGACCUGUGAGGGCGGGAAACCCUCUAAUACUGUCCUCUUCACCAAGUGCUUAGAGACUGAGAUACAGUUCCGUAAUGAUUUAGUUGAAAAUCACAGUAUUGCAUCAUUUUAUGGGUUCCUGUUUUGAUGUUGAGUCACUUCCGCAAACUUUUUUGCACUCUUACUGUGUACCAAAUCCUUUUUUUCCCUCUAAAUUUUAUUUAUUUUGUUGUUGAGAGUAUACACAGCAAAACACACCAGUUCAACAGUUUAUACAUGUCCAGUUCAGUGACCUUGAUUAUUCUUCUGAUUCCACAACCAUUUUUACCCUCCUUUCCUGAGUUGUUCUUCCCCCAUCAACAUAAACUUACCGCUCCCUAAGUUUCCUAUCUGAUUUUUUGAGUUGCUGUUGUCAGUUUGAUCCUAUAUAGAUAGUUCUUAAAGAGCAUAAUGCUCAAGGCAGAACUUUUUUACUAGUUAAGCUAAACUGUUGUUCUGUUUGAAGAUGACUUCAGGGGAUAUUUUUGAUUUAAGGUUUAAAGAUUUUCUCAAGGCAGUAGUUUCAGGGGUUCAUCCACCCUCCACGGCUUCAGAAAGUCCAGACUCUACGAGAACUUGAAAUUCUGUUCUGCAUUUUCUCCCUUUUGAUCAGGAUAGUCUUCUGUGGAAUCUUUGAUCAAAAUGUUCAGUAAUGGUAGCCGGGCACCAUCCGUCCUUCUGGUCUCAUGGCAGAGGAGGCAGUUGUUCGUGGAGGCAAUGAGCCACACAUUUUCAUAUUCUCCUCCUGUUCUUCACUUCUUCCUCAGUUGUUCCAGGUGAAUAGAGACCAGUUGUUGUGCCUUGCCUGGCCACUUGCAAGCUUUUAAGACCCUAGGCACUAUGCAGCAAACUAGGAGGUAAAACAGAAGCACUAAACAUGUUAUUAGGUCAUUUAACUGGGAUGGGAUGUCCCAUGAAACCAGGACCCUAAACCUCCAAACCAAGGAACCAAAUCCCUCCAAACCAAGGUGUUUGGCUGUACAUAAGCAGCCUCAGCAGUUACUCUUUUUUUUUUUUUUGUCAUAGUUGUAAGAAUAUCAGUCACACAACUUUUGCCAAUUCAACUAUUUACAGGUAUAGAACUUAUUGACAUGAUUAUAAUCAAUGGCUGUGCAACCCUACCCUUAAUCAAUGUGAUUUUUCUAUUGCUGUUCACCCCUUCCCCCUGACCCCUUCCAGCCCCAGGUACCACUGAUAAACUGUGUUCUUUCUGCAUUUGCCUUUUUAAAUAAGUGAAGUCAUGUAAUAUUUGUCCUUUUGUGAUUGGCUUAUUUCACUCAGCAUAAUGUCUUCAAAUUCCAUCCAUACUGUAGCGUGUAUCAAGACAUCAUUUCUCCUGCUGACUAAGUAGUAUUCAUUGUGUGUAUGUCCCACAUUUUGUUUAUCCAUUCAUCUGUUGUUGGGCGUUUAGGUUGUUUCCACCUUUUGGCUAUUAUGAGUAGUGCUGGAGUGAACAUUGGUGUACAAGUCUCUUUUUGAGUCUCUGCUUUCAAGUCUUUUGGAUAUAUACCUAGGAGUGGAAUUGCUGGGUCCAACACCAAAUACUUAUUUGGGUCAUUUGGACGCAAAGACAAGUCAGAUAUCAUCCCUGACCACGAGGAACUUAGUCACAGCAAGAUAUGCAGACAAGACAGCAGGAGUGUGAUUCAUCACUCUGUAAUGGAAGGUCACACAGUAGCAGGCGUGGCCCCGGGAAGGGAGAGAGAGGGCAGGAAAGCUCCUCUGAAGAGCCCCUUCCAGGAGGUGAAGCUGCUGCUUUUAUUCCUGCAGAGUCAUUGCCUGUGUCCCCAGGAACGUGCUGGAUGUAGCUGUAGAGUGAUGGGGCUUUGUUGUAUAAACAGUGGGAGUGAGGCAUGAGAGGGGACAGCUCCCACCCAGGGACCUCAGGUUCCUUUCAGCUGGGGUACAAGAUGUUUUUAAAUUGGCCCCAGCCGGCCUGUCCACUUACUUUUUUAGUCUGCUGUGAAGACGAACUACUUCACCAGCCUUGUUUUACUCAGGAGUGAAAAAAAUAUGCAAAUGUUCUUCCAUUUUAUUCAGACCAGCCUUUUCCAGCCUUUUCUGUGUAGACAGAAAUAGUAAUGUGAAUGAAAUUGAAAGAGGAACAACAACAACAACAAGAAAAAUCGAGUAACUCGCCUUCCUUUAGUGGAAACAGAAGUCAGUUUGGAAAGCUACCGGAGUGUUGUAUUUAACCGGGAAACUGACUUCAGUAUAGAAACAGCCACGGUUGUAUCAAUGUUUGGGAGAAGAUAGUGGCAACCGGCAAAGGGAGACCAGCUCUGACGUAGCAAGGACAAUGAGUAUGCUCAAACCAAGCGGGCUCAAGGCCCCAACCAAGAUCCUUAAGCCUGGAAGUACAGCCUUGAAGGCAACUGUUGCUGUUGUAGUUCCGGUAGACAAAACAAUAUCCGGUGAAAAAGCAUCAGGCGCCCCCUCCUCUGAGACACAAGAGGAAUUUGUGGAUGACUUUCGAGUUGGGGAACGAGUUUGGGUGAACGGGAAUAAGCCUGGAUUUAUCCAGUUUCUUGGAGAAACACAGUUUGCACCAGGCCAGUGGGCCGGGAUCGUUUUAGAUGAACCUAUAGGCAAAAAUGAUGGCUCAGUGGCAGGAGUCCGGUAUUUCCAGUGUGAACCUUUAAAGGGCAUAUUUACCCGACCUUCAAAGUUAUCAAGGAACAUACAAGCAGGAGAUGAAGCUAAUGGCCUGCAGACGACUCAUGCUUCCAGAGCUACUUCACCUCAGUCCACUUCUGCAGCCAGCGUGGUAUCUUCCUCCCCAGCAACCCCCUCAAAUAUUCCUCAUAAAUCAUCCCAUCCUACAGCAAAGGAACCUUCAACUACGCCACAGAUCAGCAACCUUACAAAAACUGCCAGCGAAUCUAUCUCCAACCUUUCAGAAGCUGGCUCAAUCAAGAAAGGAGAGAGAGAGCUCAAAAUCGGAGACAGAGUAUUGGUUGGUGGGACCAAGGCUGGUGUCGUCCGGUUUCUUGGGGAGACGGACUUCGCCAAGGGGGAGUGGUGCGGCGUGGAGUUAGAUGAACCUCUGGGGAAGAAUGACGGGGCUGUUGCCGGAACAAGGUAUUUUCAGUGUCAACCCAAAUAUGGCUUGUUUGCUCCUGUCCACAAAGUCACCAGAAUUGGCUUCCCUUCCACGACACCAGCCAAAGCCAAGGCCGCAGCUGUGAGGCGAGUGAUGGCGAGCACACCUGCCAGCCUGAAGCGCAGCCCUUCGGUCUCCUCGCUCAGCUCCAUGAGCUCCGUGGCCUCCUCCGUGAGCAGCAAGCCCAGCCGGACAGGAUUAUUGACUGAAACCUCCUCCCGGUACGCCAGGAAGAUCUCCGGCACCACUGCCCUCCAGGAGGCCCUGAAGGAGAAGCAGCAGCACAUUGAGCAGCUGCUGGCCGAACGGGAUCUAGAGAGGGCGGAGGUGGCCAAGGCCACGAGCCACGUGGGGGAGAUAGAGCAGGAGCUAGCUCUGGCUCGGGAUGGACACGAUCAGCAUGUUCUGGAAUUGGAGGCCAAGAUGGACCAGCUGCGAACAAUGGUGGAAGCGGCUGACAGGGAGAAGGUGGAGCUUCUCAACCAACUCGAAGAGGAGAAAAGGAAGGUUGAGGAUCUUCAGUUCCGGGUUGAGGAAGAAUCCAUUACCAAAGGCGACCUUGAGGUGGCUACAGUGUCAGAAAAGUCUCGUAUCAUGGAACUAGAGAAAGACCUAGCAUUGAGAGUGCAGGAGGUAGCUGAGCUCCGAAGAAGGCUUGAGUCCAACAAGCCUGCUGGUGAUGUGGACAUGUCACUUUCCCUUUUGCAAGAGAUAAGUUCUUUGCAAGAAAAGUUAGAAGCCAUUCGUACUGACCACCAGAGAGAAAUAACUUCUCUGAAGGAGCAUUUUGGGGCCCGUGAAGAAACGCACCAGAAGGAGAUAAAGGCCCUCCACACAGCAACGGAGAAGCUUUCCAAAGAGAACGAGUCAUUGAGAAGCAAGCUCAGUCACGCCAACAAGGAGAAUUCGGAUGUGAUAGCUCUUUGGAAGUCAAAGCUGGAGACUGCCAUUGCAUCCCAUCAGCAGGCGAUGGAAGAGCUGAAGGUGUCCUUUAGCAAGGGGGUCGGAAUGGAGACAGAAGAAUUGGCAGAGUUAAAAACACAAAUAGAGAAAGUGAGACUAGAUUACCAGCAUGAGAUAGAAAAUUUGCAGAAUAGACAAGAUUCUGAACGGUCUGCUCAUGCUAAAGAGAUAGAAGCCCUAAGGGCUAAACUGAUGAAAGUCAUUAAAGAAAAGGAGAAUAGUCUGGAAACCAUCCAGUCGAAGCUGGACAAAGCAGAAGACCAACAUCUAGUCGAAAUGGAAGACACGUUAAACAAAUUGCAGGAAGCGGAAAUAAAGGUAAAGGAGCUAGAGGUACUGCAAGCCAAAUGCAAUGAACAAACCAAGGUUAUUGAUAAUUUUACAUCACAGCUCAAGGCUGCUGAGGAGAAGCUCUUGGAUCUUGAUGCACUUCGGAAAGCCAGUUCCGAAGGUAAAUCGGAAAUUGAGAAACUUAGACAGCAGCUUGAGGCAGCCAAGAAUCAGAUUAAAAAUUUAGAGAUUGAAAAGAGUGCUGAGAGUGGCAAGGCUAGUAGCAUUACCAAAGAGCUCCAGGGAAAAGAGAUAACGCUUACUAACCUUCAGGAAAAUUUGAGUGGAGUCAGUCAAGUGAAAGAGGCUUUGGAAAAGGAGCUUCAGAUUUUGAAAGAAAAGUUUGCUGAAGCUUCGGAGGAGGCAGUCACUGUUCAGAGAAGUAUGCAAGAAACUGUAAAUAAAUUACACCAAAAAGAAGAAGAGUUUAACUCGCUGUCCUCUGAAUUGGAGAAGUUGAGAGAAAAUUUAGCAGACAUGGAGGCAAAAUUUAGAGAGAGAGAUGAAAGAGAAACGCAGUUAAUAAAGGCGAAGGAAAAAUUGGAAAACGACAUCGCAGAAAUAAUGAAGAUGUCGGGAGAUAAUUCUUCUCAGCUGACAAAAAUGAAUGAUGAAUUACGUCUGAAAGAAAAAUAUGUAGAAGAAUUACAGCAAAGACUCACAAAGGCAAACGAUAAUGCCAGUGUCCUGCAGAAAAGUAUUGGGGAAGUAACUCUCCAAGCUGAACAGAGCCAGGAAGAAGCAGCUAAAAAGCAUGACGAAGAAAAGAAAGAACUGCAGAAGCAAUUGUUGGACCUGGAGAAGAGGAUGGAAGCCAGCCACAACCAGUGUCAGGAUUUGAAGGCCAGGUACGAACAAGCCAGUUCUGAGACAAAAACAAAGCAUGAAGAAGUCCUGCAGAGCCUCCAGAAGACGCUGUUGGCUACAGAGCAGAAGCUGAAGGCAGCUCAGGAGCAGAACAAUGACUUGUUGCAGGAGAUGGAGGAACUGAAAAAACAAGCUGACAAAGCCAAAUCGCUAACCUAUUUGUUAACAUCAGCCAAAAAAGAGAUUGAACUAAUGUCAGAAGAGCUGAGGGGUCUGAAAUCAGAGAAACAGCUUCUUGCACAGGAGGGAAAUGCUUUAAAAUUAGAGAAAGGCUCACUUUUAUCAAAGCUCAUAGAGGUGGAGGCCAAAAUAACUUUGCUUCAGGAAGACCAGCAGGAACUGUGGUCAGUAAAUGAAACUCUUCAUUUAGAAAAGGAGAGAGUCUUAGAAGAAAAGCAAGAUGCUGAGAAGCUGUAUCGGCAGGAACAUCUCAGUAAAGAAGCUCUGGUCGUUGAGAGAGAGAAAUUGCUUGAAGAAAUCAACCUUGCACAGGAAGAACUCUUGAAGAUAAAUAUGGAAAAUGACUCUUUGCAAACUUCCAAGACGAGCAUGCAGGCACUCAUAGAAGAGCUUCAGUUCAGCCAUGAAAGUUUGAUUGCUGUAUCUAAGAAAGACCAGGAAGAGAAGAGACACCUGGAGGAUCAGAUCAAGAGGCUUGCCACUGAGAACCUUCUCUUGGCUAAAGAUAAGGAUGAAAUUAUUCAGAAGCUUCAGAGCUCUUAUGAGGAGCUUGUCAAAGACCAGAAAGCCUUGGUACAAGAGAUUGGAGAUCUCACAGCAGAGAAAAAGUCAGCUUUAGAGAAACAGUCAGAUCUUGAUGCCAUGUGCCUGGCCCUAAAGAUAGAAAGAGAUAAUCUCCUUCAGAACAACAGAGAUCUACAAUGUGAGAAGGACAUGCUGCUUCAAGGUCAGGAAAAGCUGAAUGCCAACUUGGAGGCCACCCACCAGGCCAAGCAGCAGCUCAGCACAGAGGCCAGAGAGCUACGUACACAGCUGGACAACACAAGCAAAGCUCUGAGAAAGGCUGAGCUGGAAAUCCUGCAACUUCAGGCCACAAACACACGCCUCACAAAACUCCUGGAAGAAAUUAAGGCCAGCCGGGAGAUCACAGACUCUGAGUGCAUCCAACUUCUGCAUGAGAAAGAAACCCUGGCCUCAUCCGAGAGAAGGCUCUUGGCUGAAAAAGAAGAGCUUUUAAGUGAAAAUAGAACCCUCACAGAAAAACUCAACAAAUGCUCAAAAGAGACUGUCCGUAUCGAGAUGAGCCUGAGUGAGAAGAUCACAUACCUAACUUCUGAGAAGGAGACGGCUUGUCAGAAAAUUACGAAGCUCAAAAAGCAGCAUGAGAGUCUCUUAAGGGAAAAAUCCACACUGGAAAUGCAAAAUGGGGAUUUACUUGCAGAGAGAGAAAAUUCCAUCAAGGCCAUUGGAGACCUUAAAAGGAAGUAUGAUCAAGAGUCCGAGAACAAAAGAAUAAUCGUGCAUGAGAAGAUGAAACUACUCGGUAACCUGGAUGCCCUGAAGAAGGAGCUUCAAGAAAGAAAAAAGGAAAACCAAGAACUAGUGGCUAACAAGUGUGAUCUCUCCUUGAUGCUGAAAGAAGCUCAAAAUGCCAGAGAGAAUCUAGAAAAAGAACACAGUAGCAUAUUGCAGGCCAAGGAGAGUUUGGAUGUUGAACUUAAGAGUUGUUGUUCUGAAAAGAACAUUUUGCUGAGGGAUGGGCUGAACCUGCAAAACCAGUGUCAGAAAUUAAAUGAGGACAUCCGUGCAAUGCAGCAGUCCUUGCUCCUGGAGAAAGAAGCCAGAGCAAAGGAAAACGAAUCAUCCCUGUAUGAAAACAAUAAGCUCCAUGGGAGAAUUGUGCUCCUGGAGCAGGAGGUGCAAGAGCUAACAGAGUGUACUAAAGAGCUUCAGUCUGAGAAGUUUGUGCUAAUCCAAGAGAAGACCAAAUCGGAGCAAAAAGUCACAGAGAUAAUUAAGGAAAAGGAACUCUUGAGUGCAGAAACUGCUCAACUCGCCACCAACAUUGAGACUCUGAAAAGCGAUUUUGCCACCUUGUCCAAAUCCAAGUUAGAGUUGCAGGAACUGCACAGCUACGUCACCAAGAUCCUGGAAGACCUCCGCCUGAAGCACGAGGUGACCCUGGCUGAGAAAGCCAAGGUGGUGCAGGACAACGAGGACCUCCGGACCGAGAAGAGAGAAUUGAUGCUGGAGAAGGACGAGCUCCUGAAGGAGAAGGAGAAGCUGGCAGAGAGCUACUUCGUCCUCCAGAAAGAGAUUAGCCAGUUGGCCAAAGCCAACAGCCAUAUCUCAGCCAACCUCCUGGAAUCUCAAAACGAAAACCGUACUUUGAGGAAAGACAAGAGCAAGCUUACUCUUAAAAUUAGAGAGCUCGAGACUCUUCAGACAUUCACGGCCGCCCAAACUGCGGAAGAUACCAUGCACAUCGUGGAGCAGAUGACCAAAGAGAAGACCGAGACUCUGGCCUCCUUGGAAGAUACCAAGCAAACAAACGAAAAACUCCAGAAUGAAUUGGACACACUUAAAGAAAACAACUUGAGAAAUGUGGAAGAGCUGAACAAAUCAAAAGAACUUCUGACCGUAGAGAAUCAAAAAAUGGAAGAAUUCAGGAAAGAAAUAGAAACCCUAAAGCAGGCGGCAGCACAGAAGUCCCAGCAGCUCUCAGCGUUGCAGGAAGAGAACGUCAAACUUGCUGAGGAGCUGGGGCGGAGCAGGGACGAAGUCACAAGUCAUCAAAAGCUGGAAGAAGAGAGAUCUGUGCUCAAUAAUCAGUUGUUAGAAAUGAAAAAGAGAGAAUCCAAGUACAAGAAAGACACAGAUGAAGAAAAAGCCGCCCUGCAGAAAUCCAUCAGCUUCACCAGUGCCUUACUCACAGAGAAGGACGCGGAGCUGGAGAAGCUGAGAAAUGAGGUCACAGUGCUCAGGGGGGAGAACGCCUCUGCCAAGGCCUUGCACUCAGUGGUUCAGUCUCUGGAGUCUGACAAGGUGAAGCUUGAGCUAAAGGUCAAGAACCUGGAGCUUCAACUCAAAGAAAACAAGCGGCAGCUCAGCAGCUCCUCAGGUAAUACUGACACUCAGGCAGAAGAGGAAGAAAGAGCCCAGGAGAGUCAGAUUGAUUUCCUAAAUUCAGUCAUAGUGGACCUUCAAAGGAAGAAUCAAGAUCUCAAGAUGAAGGUAGAGAUGAUGUCAGAAGCAGCCCUCAAUGGCAAUGGGGAAGACCUGAACAAUUAUGACAGUGAUGACCAGGAGAAGCAGUCCAAGAAGAAACCUCGCCUCUUCUGUGACAUUUGUGACUGCUUUGAUCUCCACGACACAGAGGAUUGUCCUACCCAGGCGCAGAUGUCCGAGGACCCUCCCCAUUCUACACACCACGGCAGUCGGAGCGAGGAGCGCCCAUACUGUGAUAUCUGUGAGAUGUUUGGGCACUGGGCAACCAACUGCAAUGACGACGAGACCUUCUGAUGAAGCCGGAAGUCGAGGGCUGAGCUUUGCCAGACGCACUUAGAUCUUGCGAUUUAACACCAGCAUUGUGUGUGCAGACUUCAGGAGAACUCACGUUAUUUUUGAUGCCCCCAUCAACAAAUCUAAGAAAAUAUUUUGAUCUUCAACAAAUAGCCAUUUUAGUUUCCCUUUAUUAUAAGUUAGAAUAAUAAAUACUUAAGUAGGUGAGUUUUCACCUCUCAUUUUGCUGUCUUGAUUUUUAAAAGUUUGAACAAGACAUUUGCACCAGAUGCCAUUACGUUUAUUGUCCCUGGUAGAACAAUCCCUAUCCUUACCUUAUUUAAAUAACUUUAAAUUAUGCUGUUACUUUUCAUAUUUGCACUAAAAUAUUUCCAGGCUGCAUUUGUAUAUUUAGAUUUUUUUUUUUUUUUUUGGUUAAGCUUUGACACUGGAAGGAGUUGAAAAAAUGUGCCAUUUUGCAUUUCCAUCUACUCAUUUAAAGUAUUUUACUCCUAAUCAAACAAGUAUCUGAGCUCUUUGCACUACCUGAUGUCAGUAGUGCCUUUGUUUUAGGCUUGAUAACACUUAGGUGUGAUUAUAAAAUCAUGAAAUAGGUAAAGGGAGGGGGAAGCCCCAGAACUGCUGUGGGGAUGAUUGAUUGUCUGUAUGCUGCACCCACUCACUCUACUGUGGUCUUUUGUUUAUUGGUUUUGCAUAAUUUCAGCUUCUAUAUAUUAUAUGUAUAUAUUUUUUAAAAAUCUAUAUUUUGGGAAAAAAAUACACAAUGUGUCUUUCUUUCAGAUUUUUACCUUUAUGGAAAAAAAAUUAAAACGUUCAUCAAGGCCUAACCGCCUAGGUCAGAAAUAGCAUCAUGUAGCUUUGCCACUAUUUUCUGUUUGUUUGUUUUCAUUUUGUUUCUUUACCAGAAUUAAAUAACUGGGAGAAUGGUCUCUGAAUUUUUUUUUCUUUCUCUAUCAGAUAUUCCCAGCAGUCAACUAAUUAGAUAAUAAGCCACUAUAAAACAUCCAGAUUAACCAAUAUACAGUCUUCCUUUUUUAAGUAUUUAUUUUCUGUGUUUUUAGAUGAAUGUACGAUGAGAAAUUCAACAUUGAUAAUUUUGGAUUUUCUUAUCACAAAAAAUAAAGUGAAGGACCUCAACAACCAGAACAGUUAAUUGGUCAAUUAGAAUCUAUUUAUCUUCACUUGAAUGUCUUCUAGAAUAUGUAAAAAGUAAUAAUAAAAUGUAUCUUCCAUGCUGCAUGUAUUAUAAGAAUUUCUGUAAUUGUACAUAUUCCUUUGAUGUCUCUCCCCACAAGAUGAUCAACUGUGCGUUUGACAAGUGAAUAUUAAAUAAAUCUGUAAUCAGUUGAAAUUUUUGGUUAUACACAUAAUAGGAGUUGUUUCACAAACAGAAAACAUGUAAAGCAGUAUUAAAAUUUGAACAAACAAGUGUUCUGUAUCUAAUAAACGGUUAUUCUUUUUUGCCAGUGGUACUAAAUCAUA